UGUUACCCGGAUGUGGCGCAUGCGCGCUGGCGGCUGGACGUGUCGGCGGCGGCCGCGGAGCGCGAGCGGCCGGAGCCGCGGCAACAACAACAACAACAACAACAAGAAGGCGGCGGCCGCGACCGUCACAGGUCCCCCCCUCCCCUGCCAGCGCCGCCCCGCCGGCCCGGCCCGGCCGCAGCCCGGGGAGGGGAGGGCGGGGGGGCGGAGGCCUGGCCCGCACCGCCGCACCGGGGCCGGCUGAGGCGAGGGAAGGCCCCCCCCCCCCGCCGCCGCCGCCGCCCCUGCCCCUCAGCGCAGGCCGCGCCCGGAGAGCGGCCGCUCCGCCGCCGCCCGCGGCCCAGGUUUUACCAAGAGACAGUACAUCUAACACUUAACUUGGAUCACCUCUUGUUCAUCAGCUUGAAAAUCAUAACAGCCCCCAAAACUGACAUUUGAUCUGAAAGAAAAAGCUGUGACAAAUGGACAAUAUGUCUAUUACUAACACGCCAACAAGUAAUGAUGCUUGUCUGAGCAUUGUUCACAGCUUGAUGUGCCAUCGACAAGGUGGAGAGAGUGAAACUUUUGCAAAACGCGCAAUUGAAAGUUUAGUUAAAAAGCUAAAGGAGAAAAAAGAUGAAUUGGAUUCUUUGAUUACAGCUAUAACCACAAAUGGAGCUCAUCCUAGCAAGUGUGUUACAAUACAGAGAACGCUGGAUGGGAGGCUUCAGGUGGCUGGUCGCAAGGGAUUCCCUCAUGUGAUUUACGCUCGUCUUUGGAGGUGGCCUGAUCUUCAUAAAAAUGAACUCAAGCAUGUUAAAUAUUGUCAGUAUGCUUUUGACUUAAAAUGUGACAGUGUCUGUGUAAAUCCUUACCAUUAUGAGCGUGUAGUAUCGCCUGGCAUCGAUCUCUCAGGACUGACACUACAGAGUUCUGCUCCAUCAAGCAUGUUGGUGAAAGACGAAUACGUUCAUGACUACGAGGGGCAGCCGUCGUUGUCUUCUGCUGAAGGCCAUUCAGUCCAAACCAUCCAGCAUCCACCAAGUAACAGGGCAUCCACGGAGCCUUACAGCACCCCAGCCAUGUUAGCUCCCACUGAGGCUAGCACUACCAGCACCACUAAUUUUCCCAACAUUCCUGUGGCUUCAACAAGUCAACCUACCAGUAUAUUGACAGGUAGCCAUAGUGAUGGACUCUUACAGAUUGCUUCAGGGCCUCAGCCAGGAACUCAGCAGAAUGGGUUUACAGCUCAGCCAGCUACUUACCAUCACAAUAGUACCACAACUUGGACUGGAAGUCGGACGGCAGCCUACACCCCUACCAUACCUCACCACCAGAAUGGCCAUCUUCAGCAUCAUCCACCUAUGCAUCCUGGACAUUACUGGCCAGUUCACAAUGAACUUGCAUUCCAGCCUCCUAUAUCAAAUCAUCCUGCUCCAGAAUAUUGGUGUUCGAUCGCAUAUUUUGAAAUGGACGUGCAAGUUGGGGAAACAUUUAAGGUCCCUUCAAGCUGUCCAAUUGUUACUGUUGAUGGAUACGUGGAUCCUUCUGGAGGAGACCGUUUUUGCCUGGGCCAGCUUUCCAACGUGCAUAGAACAGAAGCCAUUGAGAGAGCAAGGUUGCACAUAGGUAAAGGGGUGCAGCUGGAGUGCAAAGGAGAAGGUGACGUGUGGGUCAGAUGCCUCAGUGACCACGCGGUCUUCGUUCAGAGUUACUACCUGGAUAGAGAAGCAGGGCGCGCGCCAGGGGAUGCCGUUCACAAGAUUUACCCAAGUGCAUAUAUAAAGGUGUUUGAUUUACGCCAAUGUCAUCGUCAGAUGCAACAGCAGGCUGCCACUGCCCAAGCUGCUGCUGCUGCUCAAGCUGCAGCGGUAGCCGGCAACAUCCCUGGACCAGGAUCAGUAGGUGGAAUAGCCCCAGCCAUUAGUUUGUCAGCUGCUGCUGGAAUCGGUGUAGAUGACCUUCGCCGCUUAUGCAUACUCAGGAUGAGUUUUGUAAAAGGUUGGGGACCUGAUUACCCAAGACAGAGCAUCAAAGAGACGCCGUGCUGGAUUGAAAUUCACUUACACCGUGCCCUCCAGCUCCUAGAUGAAGUACUUCAUACCAUGCCUAUCGCAGACCCACAACCUUUAGACUGAGAUCCCUCUGCUGCACUGCUGUGGGCCGUUAUAUUGUGAGGAUGGUGGAUUGUAAAAUACAAUUCUGUUUAUAACCUGAAGAUAUAUUUUACUUUUGUUCUGCUUAAUCUUCUAAACCCAGGUUUUAAAAAUGUGUUUGCCGCCUUGCUCUUAGCAGAAAGAAGCUGAACAUGCAGAAUUUGGAUUUCGGUUAUUUUCAGAACUUAAUUGUCAUAAUACAUGGCUCAGGGCUUGAAGUGAAAGGUAAACGCCUUGUAGAGACGACUUUACAGUGUUGGGUUUGUUCCCGUCGAGAAACUUUCCUUCUCUAUUUUGGCAUCUUGGUGAUAAGCCUCACAGGAGCCUUUUGUAUGCAGAAUAUAUAUUAUAUAUAUAUUUAUAUCUGAAAAUUCCUUCAAAUAGUUAUAAGCAUUUACCUUAUAGCAACUUUAAAAUUCCGACUGAUUUGUGAUGUUCUUUUUAGGGAACAAUAGUUAACAGAAGACUUCUUUAUUUUGUUGACUAUCUUGGUAUGAUUUUUCCAGAUUAAAAGGUAGAAGCUGCCAAAAAGUGAGGGAUGAGGCGUACGUUGUUGGCAUCGAGUAAAAAUAGCGAGGAAAAGAAACGUGGCUUUUCCUUCACUAGUUUUUAAAAAAAAAAAAAAAAUCUUAGAUUUUUAUUUAUAUAGACACGUGAGUUUUAAAACACUAAAGGAAAUGGAUACUUUCAGUGCUGGCACUCAAUUUAAAUAUCACAUGAAAUACCCAGUCUGCAAAGUUGCCACUGAAACUGCGUAAUGAGUACCUAAUGGCAGGAACGUAUUUUUCAUAACUACUACUGACUUCUAUGAUUUUACUCAAGUAAAACUUGGCAGGUAUUUUAAAAAAAAGAAGUUGCACGACUCCUUUUUACUUGCGUAAUCCCAUUCAAUCAUGUACGAUCUCGCAUCAGUAUUUCGGAUCCAGUUUUUGUAUCUGUUCACCAUUUCCACUCAGGGCAAGAUGGCAAACUUGUUUUUAUACCUCUUGGUUAUUUUAAGCCCUAUGCCAUCAAUGACCGUAUCAAUUGGCAAUGACUUUGUAUAGAGAAUUUAUAGUAGAAAAAAAAAAAAAAAGAAUACGAAUGUAUUGACUGUAUGACAGAUACAAUAUGUAUGCUUUCUCUCUAGUUAAUAGUAUAAAUAAAAUUAUGAAAACCCCGAUUAUUUUUUUUUUUUAUAAAUUUAGUUUGCUUCUAUGAUGUAAUUCUGCACCUUGAAACCAUUGAUCUUGAGUGAUGGAUUACUUCCCUUCGCAAGACCAGCAGCAGCAGCCGAUAGCGGGUAGGAACUUUUGUUGGUUUAAACUUGCCAGGAAGCAAGUCCAAUUUUUUUUUUACUUUCACUCAAUAAAAGCACGUCCGGAGGAUCUCUCUUUUUGGCUCUUUGGAUGGGGUAUGAAGAGGGAGCAGGAAUUCCUGAUUUUUUUUUUCAGCGUGCGUGCAGGGAGUCGGAGCUUAGUUCAAGAGGCGUAGAAGGACGUAGGCUCCCACUGAAGUUGGGUAUCCUGCCACGCUUCCCCGAGCCCACCUGGCAGCACAGUUGUCGUGCUCCACAUAAGUAGAAGUCUUGGAAGAGAUUAUUCGGAAGCUUUUUGCCAAGCUUUUAGCAUAGUUUCAGGAACCCGUAGAGGGCUGUGACGCGCAGUGUUUCGGUAUCGCUUCCCCCAUACACCAAAAUUCUUACAGAGAAGUCAGCAGUCGUCGUCUCUGCCUUCGGCGUGGGAGCACAGAAGACGGAUGACUUCGGAGCGAUGGCCAGAAAUGGAUGAGUUUGCUCCAUAUCUUCAUUAACAGGGUUGCCUUCUUCAGACUAACUUCUAACGAGAUCGCUUCCCCCCCCCCCCCAUUACGUGGUAGCUUCUUGAUGUUUGGAAAAAAAACGGUGUUUGCUUUUCUCAAGACCUUUAGUUGAAAACCUUUUUUCAUUUUCCUUUCUCUCCUAAUGAUGUAGUUUGUCCGAAAAACAACCUUCAGAUUCUUGAGGAACGCUUUUCAGCCGAGGAUUCUGACUACGUCCUCCGAGAAGCUUAUUAACCAGUGGCUCGGUUCUGCUUCAUCCGCAACAGGAAACUUGAUUUGGGGGGAAAAAAUGAAAAGCCCGACCGCAUGUUCUUCUUGUCAGCCUCCCUUUUGAAUUGUCUGCCCCGCUUUUACUUCGCGCCGCCUCGACUUUUGGAAAGCGCGUAGCCUUGUGAUUAAUUAAUUACUUAUAACAGACUUCAUUUGAUUAGGAGUCCCUGAAUUCAGUCCGUAUUUACCUUUGUGGUUUUGCGAGGUGCUUAUCUUGGUGAGUGACUGAUCUGCACGCGGCUACUUCCCAGAAACCAGGUGCUUAACGUUUUGAUUGUGCCAAACUUUGAUAAAAUAAUGAAAGAUUGCUUCCGCCUGUCGGUGUUCUUGCCUGUAUUACAGUCUUGAAAGAAUUCAGCUGUUAAGGCUAAAUUUUUUGGUAGACGUUUUGCAAGUCUCCUUAAGGGAACGGUACCCACAGUGUAGUGUUUAGAUGGCCCACAAUGGCCAGAAUAGAACAACAAAAUAAUGUCAGCGGGGUUUAUCAGAACCAAGGAAUCACAGGCGCGUGAUUCAAGUCUGAACGUCGUGGGAGGCAGGAAAAACACCAAAAUGGCAUUCGCCUUAUCCGCAGGGCAGUCACCAAUAAGAGGCGAUCCUAACUGUUAAAGGGCAAAACGAGAGAAUCUCAUCCUUAGUGUUUAAUAUGCCUUUAACUUAAUUUUUGUACUCUUAUUUCUUGUGACGAGGCGUAAGAGGCGGCGCAUAAUGGAUUGGAAACCUUUCGGUGGCGGCACGUGGAAUCUUUGACAGUCUCAUGUUUAUGGCUUUUUUUUUUUUUCUGAGAUUCAGCAACGAGCUGUGGCGACUUGACAGCCGUGACCGUCCCCGUACGCGCUGCAGGCACCGUGUCAAGGAUGCCAGAAUCCCGUCUCCUCCUCGUCUCCGAAUGUCUCAAAUUCACUGAAUUCAACAAGUUUUAUGUUUGUUUGUUUUUUGGUUUUUUUUUUCUACCUAGCAAUCUCUUGCUUGCGAUCCUGUUCCCGUAUCUGCUCUGCGUAGUUCUUUCCAUUAAGUUAAUUACGCCUGUGUUUCUCGCCCUUAAUUAUGCGCUCCUCAAAACCAGCAUUGUGCUGGAGGACUUUGUCAUUUCACUGGGUGUACUGGAGAGCUGGGAUUAGCACCGGAAGGUUUAGCCGGCUUUAGCCGCGUUCUUGUUCGUUUCGAAAGCGAGGGCAUUUAAAGUUAAAUGCGGUAGAGGUGUAGGAGAGGAAACCUUUUGGCUGGUUUAGAAAUCCCUUAAAACAAUUUGAACGGGAAUCCCUCGGAAGCAGCCAUAACGUGGUGCUGGUUGGAAACGGUUUUCCUUACAUCGCUUUUCUGGGCUGGAUAAGAGUGACGUGUUCAGGGACCUGGACUGUGAUAUAAAUCACUUCCUUGAUGGCUCCGAUGGACUGAAGACCCGGGAAGUUGCUCUGGCUGCUUUACGGAGAGGGACCUGAAGCGCGAAGGAGACGACGGGCUCCCCCAGUCACCAGGCGGGUCUGUAGCAGCAGUGGUCCUCCAACCUGUGUCCAACUCCUGUGCCUUACCUUGUCGACCAUCUUACUUCUUGUGACACUUCCAAAGACGACAGCGUCCUCUCUGCGUAGCUCAGGAACGACUGCCUCAAUUCUUUUACUGGGAACCAUUAAAAAAUUCCUAUGCCAGUGUAUAGAGGGGGGGGCUCCUGCCUCUGACCCCUUCCAGUGUUUACGUCUUGAUGGUGGUCUUUAUUGAGACAUCUUUAAUCUCUUCUUGGAAGAGUAAGCGCUUUAGAAAGGACUGUCUCCUCGCUUUGCUGUUGUGCUCUGCUACGCAGAGUGACUGGGAUCGCUGGUCGCUUCUUUAAUGCGACCAAUUAAAGACAGCCAGAUGGGUCUUCCUCUAAGUGGGAUUCAGACUUCAUUUAAGAAAUCCUCUUUCCUCCCUCCUCUUCUCCUUCCAGGCCCCAUGCCACGUAACAUCUGCUCUAUGAAAUUACCAGGUGCUUAGUUGUCAGCUAUUGGUAAGGACACAAUUUUCGAGAGGUUACUUUCUCUUAUUUUUGUUCAAAGUGAUGGUCUUGCCUGGUCCUGCUGGUAACAACGGUGUUUCCGUGACUGGUAAGGGGUUUUUGAGGACCGUGGGGCUGUUCUUAGGACCGAGUUGCCUGUCGUAGGGCAUUGGCGAUAUUGAUGAGCGCCAAGCUGGUUGCUUCUACCCAUGGUGCGGGUAGUCGGCAUUUUGGUCCUGGGCAGGGAGAAGAAACCAAUGGAAAGCACUUCUCCACCGGUCGUGUUGGAGCUGGAUGUUGAGUGGUGGUGUCGCCCACCUCCAAAACGCUCUCCUUGAUGGCGUGUUUCUGAAAACGAUGUGGGAGGUGCCACCGUGCCGAGUCACAGGAUGCUGCUGAGGUCCCCAAGGACCGACUGGACUCACUUGGUGAGACCUGGUGGAAAGCGGAACCUCUGUCCACAAAAAUCUCCGGAGGUUUUGGCACUGCUGGCUGCUGUUGUGCCUUGUGAGUGAUACAUUGCUCCUAAAUUUCCAGGACUGAAUUCUUUCAAGCUCACCGAGAUCACCUUAGCGCUUUCGUGCUCCAGUACCUUUUUCUGUGUCUUUUUGGUGAAGUUUGGUAGCACUACUAAGUUGUGAUUCAGCUGGAUUGCGAGCUGCGACCUACCCGUAACCCAAAACUCACCGUGAGAGGGUUUUUUGAGCAUGAAAGCCUAGUUCAGCGUUUCUUCUUUUAGCCAUUGCCUUUUGAUAAGCGGUCAACAGAAUUCCCAGUAGUUCCUUUGUAGCUUACUGUAUGUUUUUCAUUAGACCUAGUUUGUGGAUAAUAUACUGUAGUUAACUUUCCUGAAAUUCUGUAACAGAGUAUGUUUUUGAUUAAAAAAGGUAAAGAUUCAA